AUGUUGACCUGGGCAUUUAAAGAAGAAGUUAUUCAGACAGGAACGCCAACAAGCAAAGUAAAACAAUAUGUCUUAGCAACCCCGAUCAGCACUACUGCGGACGGUAGCUACAUCUCCAAUGUUGUUUCCGUCACCCGGCUACGAAGGUCCAGAAGAGACUUAUCUUCAAGCCCUCAACAACUGUAUUUCAACGUCACAGCCUUUGGGAGGGAUUUUCACCUUCGACUGAGGCCGAACACUCGACUGAUAGCUCCUGGGGCGGUGGUGGAAUGGCACGAAGAUUCAGUGGAAAGUGGAAAUGGUAUUGACAGUGUUAAACCGGGUCAGACUGGGGGAGUCGCAGACAGGAUAUGGAAAACAGAACCACUUUGGACUGGUUGCGCUUAUGUGGGCGACCUCGUGGAUAUCCCGGGAGCCUCGGUUGCUAUUAGCAACUGUGAUGGUCUGGCUGGAAUAAUUAGGACGGAGGAAGAUGAUUAUUUCAUCGAACCCUUGGAGAAAGGGAAGCAAUUGGAAGAAGAAGGCGGGAGGGCUCACGUAGUCUACCGGAGGUCAGCAAUUGCGCAGAAUCCGACAGAUGUUCUUCCCGACUUCCACCGUGAAGGGUUCCCCAACAAGGGGCCCAUGGAUGCUGAGGUGGCCACUGAUAGCUUUCCCUGUGCUCACUAA